GUUACAUACUGUUAGGCAAUGUACACGCUCACAGACAAACCUCACCGACGUCACAAUUCCUUAGCUCUCCCGAUACAAGCACAAGACCGUAGUUCUGCGCGGUCGCUGCGCCUCUGCAGGCAAGAUGGAGUCCAUAUCCCGCAUAUCGACCCUGCUGGAAAAUGCUCGAGAGCUCACCCUCGACGCAGCCCAGGCAGCUCGAAGCACGCGGACAACCACGAAGUCCUUACCUACAGCCCAGUUGAAGAAACUUGUCGACAGCCGCAAUGAGAGGGAGGUGCUCGAUGGCUUGCGCCGCGUCAUCUCCAUGAUGUACCGCCAGCAGCGCACACUUCCCUUCUUCUCCUCCGUCGUCAAGAAUGUCGCCUCCCCGAACCUCGAGAUCAAGAAACUUGUCUAUAUCUACCUGAUACACCAUGCCGAGCAGGAGCCCGACCUGGCUCUGCUCUCCAUCAACACCAUUCAGAAAUCCCUGUCCGACCAAAACCCGCAAGUCCGCGCCCUGGCUCUACGAACCAUGAGCGGUAUUCGAGUCCCCGUCAUCAGCCAGAUUGUCUCGCUGGCCAUCAAGAAAGGUGCCGGAGACAUGUCGCCCUAUGUGCGCAAGGCGGCCGCGCUCGCUAUACCCAAGUGCUACAGCCUAGAGCCGAACACACUACCUCAGCUCCUCGAGUACCUGUCCACCCUGCUCGGAGACAAGCAGUACUUUGUUGCCGGCGCUGCUGUCUCAGCGUUUCUGGAGAUAUGUCCCGAGCGCUUAGAUCUCAUACACAAACACUACAGAAGCUUGGUCAAGAAAAUUGUUGACAUGGACGAGUGGAGUCAGCUAGCCAUGUUGCGCUUAACGACGGUGUAUGCGCGGAAGUGCUUUCCACGACGGACACGGAGUGCGAAAACGAAGAACAAGACAUCCAACCUGCAAGAUUUCUACGGAGAUGAAUCGCCAGAGACCCCCGAAGAGGGUGAGCAAGUGGUCAUUCUCGACCCGGAUCUGGUUCUGCUUCUAAACUCCAUCAAGCCCUUGCUACAAAGUCGCAACUCUGGUGUGGUAAUAGCAGUCGCACGCUGCUAUGCUAACAUUGGUACACUAGAGUAUAUCAAGCUUGCUGUAGGUCCUCUGGUCGCUUUGCUGCGGUCUGCACAAGAGAUUGAGCAGAUAGCUCUUUACAACAUUGUUUCCGUCUGCCUAGCUCACCCGUCCUCUUUCGUCAAAUAUGCCUCCCACUUCCUGGUACGCGCUACGGACCCAGCGCCAGUCUGGGAGCUCAAACUAGAGGUUCUCACUCUCAUAUUCCCACAUAGCCCUGUUCACACCAAGAGUUUGAUCCUGAGCGAACUGGAGCACUUCUCCAGAGGCACAAACAAGGCACUGGUGCGCGAGGCUGUAAGGGCCAUUGGACGAUGUGCCGUAACAGAUCCCAGCACAGCGCCGAGAUGCUUGCGAUUGCUAUUGAGUCAGAUAACCAGUCUCGAUGGCACCCUUGCGGCAGAAUCGUUGACUGUGAUCCGGCAUCUUAUCCAGCAAGACCCGGGGGCGCACGCAGGCACAGUCGUCCGGCUAGCCAAAAACCUCGACUCAGCCACCGAUCCACAAGCACGAGCGACCAUCAUCUGGUUGGUUGGCGAGUUUGCUGGUACUAACGGCGAAGACAACAUUGCAGCAGAUGUCGUUCGCAUCUUGGUACGCGAUUUUGCGGAGGAAUCUGAGGUCGCAAAAAGACAGAUCGUUCUUUUGGCUGCGAAAGUAUACCUACACCACAUCAACCGUGAGGCGGAAGCCGAUAAGUCUGAUAAUGGCGACGUGCCAGCUCUACCUUCAGAUGACCAUGUCAUUGCCCGGUUGUGGAAUUACAUUCUUCAGCUUGUUCGCUACGAUACAUCAUAUGACUUGCGCGACCGUGCACGUCUCUACAAAGCACUGAUUGCUGUCCCGCAAUUAGCAACCCUCAUGCUUCUUGCACCAAAGCCAGCUCCUCAAGCGCCCAGCCCGUCGGAGACUCGGAAGGGCUUCUUGCUGGGAUCAUCAGCGCUUGUACUGGCUGGUGGUGGUGGCGUGCAUGGUUUGCGCGGAUAUGACGGUUUACCCGACUGGGUUGAGGAGGGCAGGGAACCGGACCCAGCACUACGAGCUCAGGACGGUGUCAAGACUGAGUACGGCGAAGAGAAGAGGGUGGUGGUCCCGGCAUCGCAGCAGCUCGACGACGCUCCAAAGAGCAUAGUCCCCGGCAGGAGCAACGGGGUUAGUGACGGCACAGGCGCAAAGACCUUAGACGACUGGCUCGCUGAAUCCGGUGGUGAGGAUGAGGAAGAGGAGAGCGAAGAAGAAGAAAGCGAGGAUGAAGACGAGUCCGAAGAAGACGAGGAAGAGGAAGAAGACGAGGGGGAUGAAGACGAAUAUGAAGACGCGAGCGAAGAUGAACAUGAGUCUGCGAGACUCGUAAAAGAUGAAUAGCAUUACAAGCAGCAUUAGCGACGGAGCAAAUAUAGUUACGUUUACAAGGUCAG